AUGACACUGGGUCUUACAUCUACCUUAUCUGAUCUUGUUCAAAAAGCUGUCGAAAUCGAAUUGAAUAUUGUUCAACAUAAAAUUGAUGACAAACUUCGUGAUGCACAUAAAGAAGGAAACAUCAAUAAACAAAAAUCUACUGUUGUUAAUAAUCUCUUCAGCAUUUCUAAACCUAAUUCAUCAGCUUUAAGAAAUUACGAUGCACAAGAGUCAUAUGAUAACUAUAAUGAUAAUAUCAAGUACAGCAAAAAUCAACAUGAUCAUUUCGGCAAUAAAUACUUACACAUCUUUAAAAAUUCAAAAAUAACUUUUAAACUAAAAAGUCGGCUAUUGGCCAAAUUACAUUGA